UAAGAAGAAGCUGGUACAAAUUGAAACACAUGCACAACCCUCGAACAUUCUGAUCACAAUGCUCCAAUUUCAGAGACAUGUACGUACAUGUUGUCUUACUGCAGUUAAGCUCAACUGCUAUCUACAAGUGUUAUAUCUACUUUCCAAAAACAAUUACCUGCUAUCUUCUCCACCAUAAAUAAUACACUAACCUUCGAAAACUCCUCUCCACGCAUCCAAUCCAUUUCUUUAUAUAUCAUCCGGCCAUUUCGCUCAUAUAACCCUAAAAUCUCUCUCCUUCUCUCUCUGAUCUCUCUCCCAGCUCUCUCUAUUCGCUUAUAUAUGGAUCAGUUCUCUGUCCAAUCUUUCUUCUUCUUCUUUCUUCUUUCCAUCUAUGUCUACCUCCUCUUUAAGUACACGUCCAAAAAGAAACCCAUCCACAAAGGAUUUAAAGUGUAUCCUAUACUCGGAACGCUGCCUGAAUUAUUGCAGAACCGACACCGUUUUCUUGACUGGACAACUGAAACUCUCGAUAACUGCCUCACAAACACUUCUGUCUUUAGGCGUCCCGGCAAGAUCCAGGGCGUCAUCACCUCGAACCCGGCCAACGUUGAGCACGUGCUCAAGACCAACUUCGAGAACUAUCCCAAAGGCGACUGCAUCAUAACGCUUCUAGGAGAUUUUCUAGGCAGAGGAAUCUUCAACUCCGACGGGGAACUCUGGAUGGUCCAGAGGAAAACGGCUAGCUACGAAUUCAACACCAAAUCGCUCCGCAACUUCGUCAUGGAAAACGUCAACGUGGAGACCAAGACGAGACUGGUUCCGAUCUUAUCAAAAGCCUCGGAAACAGCACGCGUCUUGGAUUUUCAGGACAUUUUGGAGCGUUUCGCAUUCGACAACGUCUGCAAGCUGGCAUUUAACGUCGACCCGUGUAGUCUUGGCGGCGAUGGAACCGUCGGGGCCAAGUUCAUGCGGGCUUUCGAGGAUGCUGCCACGCUUAGCUCUGGGAGGUUCUUGUAUGCCAUCCCAAUUUUGGGGAAGCUUAAAAAGUUUCUCAACAUUGGAUCAGAGCGAAGGCUAAGAGACGCAAUCAAAACCGUCCAUGAAUUUGCAGAUGAUAUUAUACGGUCGAGAUUGGAACAAAAGGUGGAUAAAGAUGCAGACCUACUCUCUCGUUUUAUCGCAAAUGAGGCAAACUCACCUGAAUUUCUCCGAGAUAUCGUCAUAAGCUUCAUUCUUGCGGGUCGGGAUACUACCUCUUCGGCUUUGAGCUGGUUCAUUUGGCUCCUAUGGUCGAAACCGGAGGUAGAGCGAAACAUAUUGAAGGAGCUUGAAAAAAUCCAAGUUCAUAGAGGAAAAAACCUCGGCGAUUCGUAUAGCUUUGAUGAGCUCCGAGACAUGCAGUAUCUACAUGCAGCAAUCAAAGAAGCGAUGAGACUGUACCCUCCCGUUCCGAUCGAUACUAAAGCGUGUCUGAACGAUGAUAUCAUGCCGGACGGCACAUUUGUGAAGAAGGGUUGGAUUGUGGCAUACCACACAUACGCGAUGGGAAGGAUGGAGAGCAUUUGGGGAAAGAAUUGUCGUGAGUUCCUGCCGGAAAGAUGGCUGGAAAAAGGAGUGUGUCGGCAAGUGAGCCCGUAUAAGUUUCCGGUGUUUCAUGCCGGACCGAGAAUGUGUCUGGGAAAAGAAUUAGCAUACAUUCAGAUGAAGUCGAUUGCAGCAUCAAUGAUCGAGAGGUUUGAAAUAGAUGUGGUAAAUAAGAACAAGGGUCUUGAGCCAUUAAUGUCCUUGACUUUGAGGAUCAAAGGCGGGUUGCCCGUAAAGGUGAGGAAGAGGUGUGGAUGCCAUUAAUUCAUGUAUAUAAUCUGCAAAUGUAUAAAAGCUCUAGACGAAGGAUUAUGAGCAUGCUGUAUAAAAGCUCAUGGGGGCAUGGACUGUUAAAAGUGUGUGAUCAAUAUGUGGUGUAUAUAUAUAAGUUGUAUAAUUUUAUUCUUCUGAUAGUAAUAUUUUAGAAAUCGUACCAUAUAUGUAAUCUGUACCUAUC